AUGGAAAGCGAACAAAAUAGAAGCGAUCGAUACGGACGGUAUCGAGUGGCGGCCGGCGACGGGAAUUGCUUGUUUCGUUCUAUCGCCGUGGGAUUGCACGGUAACGACCGGCAACAUUUCCAGGUAAGAUCGAACGCGGUCGCGGCGGCGGAAAACAAUUGGAACGAUCUAGCGGUUUGGACCGAUUUUACAAAUUUUGAUGAUUACAAAAAUGUCAUGUCAAAAAACGGCGAAUGGGGUUCCGCCAUGGAAGUUUUCGCACUUUCUUCGUUUUAUAAUAGGAGGUUUUUGAUCAUCAAAAAUGGAAAAAUUCUCUUAGAUCAGGGAAGAAUGGACGAUACCAAUCCGAUUUUGUUAAGAUACAGUGGACACAAUCAUUACGAUUGUUAUAUCGAAAUGCGGCGCAGUUUCGAUUUGUCUAGGUCAGGUGUGGAGGUCAUGGACACUUUUGUCCGGGAUUCCGUCGUCGAGAACGUCAGGGAAUCGGAGCCGUCUGUCGUUGGCGAAGACGAUUUGGAUUCCAUCGCGGAAUCGGUGGCGGAAGCUUCGAGGCCGGUCAUCCGCGGUAGAGUGGGUCGCGCUUGGCACCCUCUACCUCCGUUCGAUACGCACAAGCGAGAGUGGCGUAUUCGAAACGAGAGAAUCAACAAUUUUUAUCAAAAUGCCGUAUAUCACGAGGACGUUGAUUUUGAUUUAAUCGAAACUCAUUAUCUAGGAAGGGAAAGGUGGUUUUGUACAUUUUGCGGGGCUGCUUUUUGGUUUUCCGAAUUGUAUCUAAAAACGGGUCGAAGCGAGUUAUGUUGUUCUUCCGGUCGUAAUGUCUUGGGCGAAGACGCGUUCUUUAAGAAACCGGUCGAUUUGAACCUUCUCAAAUUGUACGCCGGAGGAAAAUUGAACGUAGACGAGUAUGAAUUAAUGCGGCAUUUUGGAAAAUUUUCCAGGGCCUAUAAUAGCAUUUUCGCUAUGGCCCAUCCCAGGGGCAAUUACGCCGGUCUAGGGAUGUACGGAUCGGGCUGUCCGGCUACAUCGACCGCGGUAAUCAAUCGUCAAGUGAGGUUUAUGGCGGAUUCGCAUCGAACAGGAAAUCGUCGUUUUAACGAGGCGCAUCUUUAUUUCAUGGAUGUAUCGGAAAACACGGCCAAUUUACGGGAAAAUCGAUUAUGUAAAAUUUUUAAAUGGGCAGGCCAAUUAUAUAGAGAGGAGGUCGAAAACGCCGCCGUCAAUAACAGGGAAGUUAGGGAAAUUGUUUUAUGCGUUAAUCCGCGGAUCAAGGACGAACGAAACGGUCCACGUAAAGCGGGAUACCACCGUAGGAGGAUAUCCGAAGCCGCGGCUCGCAUCUCGGGACUUCAAUUUCCGAGAAACGAAACGAUCGCGGGUAUUUACAUCGGGGACAGGCCCCCUUGCUAUUACGACGUGGAGUUUGUUCCAAGACCGUUGGAGGAGGACGCGGCUUUGCCGUAUAGAGAGAUUUUCGUUAUCACGGCCACACUAGAUCUAAUGUUGUAUUCUUUGGUUCAUUUGCACGCGGAGAGUUCUUGGAACGAAUCCGCCGACAAGGUCAACACGUUGAGACAAUAUUACAGAUUUCGGUUGUUAUCGGAUAUUCCGAGGACAAAGGGCGGUCGUUAUUGGAAUGUCUUGGAUUUGGUAGGUAAAUUGCGUUUACAAUACAUCAUCGACGCCGCCGUCAAAAUCGAGUACAACGACGUUUCUUGGGCGGAAAAAAAUCAAAAGGUAUUACGAUCCGAUACCUACGAUAGUUUGAAAAGGUUCUUGGAAAUGCGGACGGCGGAAAUAAACGAGGGAAAUGAAGGUCUAGCUCGCGUACGUCCCGGUCGCAUCAUCAUCUUACCGGCUACGAUUCCCGGUACCAGGCGGUACUACCACAACGGUUAUCUAGACAGUUUGGCUUUGUGCGCGAAAUUGAGAAGAGUUCCCACUUACCUUCUCACGUUCACGUCAAACAAAAAUUGGCAAGAGGUAAUCGACGAGAUGAACCGCCGCGACAAAUCCGUGUCCGACAUAGGAAACUUUCCGGAGGUUUUGUGUCGCGUAUUCGAACAAAAAUUGAAUGCCUUGAUGGGAGAUUUGACCGAGCGUCAAAUCUUAGGGAAAAUCGAAGGAUACGUUGUCAGGGUAGAAUUCCAAAAACGCGGCGCUCCGCACGCGCAUAUCCUUCUCUAUUUGUCCAGAGAAGACGUUCCCGUUUCGGGAGAGGAUGUGGAUAGGGUCAUUUGGGCGAGAUGGCCCGAACCUUCGGACGGUAACGGUUUCGAAUCGCUUCGUCACUUGGUCAACACGUUCAUGAUACAUAACAAGUGCGAUAUCGAACCGGAAAACGUCGAACAGGAAAUCGACGACAAUGACGAGGAGGAGGAACAAGAGGGGGAGAUAGGUGUCGAAAAUUCGAGGGUCAGAAGACCGCCUUGCUGGACCGUUGCCGAUCGAUGCCGAUCGAGAAGCAAAUUCUUUACAGACGUCCUCCGGGUGUUUGCUUUUUUAACAGGCAACAAAAUCGUUUCGUCGGCAACGAAUUUGGAACUUUGCGUCGGAAACCCGAUCCAGGUGUGUCGAUACAUUAACGCCUACGUCAAUAAGGGGUUAGACGUAGCGAACAUCCAAUGCGUUGAGAUGCAAGUGAAUACGACCACCGGUACGAUCGAUUGGAACGAGGCGGCGGCAUUCCUUAAAAUGAGAUAUAUCGGACCGCACGAGGCGGUCUAUCGCAUCUUGGGAAAUGGCAUGUUCCAUAUCAGUCACACGAUCGAAAAGUUGCCCGUGCAUUUGGAAGGAGAGACUUGUGAAAUUUACAGGGAAGGGGACGAGGUGGCCGUAGUCGAAAGGGGCGAGCGUUCUAAGCUCGCCGCUUGGUUCGAAUUGAACGCGGCGGAGGAGGCGACGGGUCGGCGACGGUUCUACGUCGACAUCGUCGAAACGCACUCUUGGCGGCAAGGUCGUUGGGUCGCCACGUCGCGACCCACCAGUUCUAUAGGUCGUAUGAGUCCGGUUUAUCCGAGUCCGGGGAAUAUGGAGCGCUACUAUCUACGAAUGAUUUUGGGCAACGUGACAGGUUUGAUUUCGUUCGUGGACGCGAAAACCGUAAACGGCGUUUUAUGUCCUUCGUAUCAGGCCGCUUGCGUAGCGUUAAAAUUGAUCCCGGACGACGACGAAGAGGCGGACAAGAUUUUAGAUUGGAUAGCGGAUCGUCUUCGUCAUCCGUUUUAUUUAAGGGAAGCGUUCGCUCUAAUUCUCUUGUACAAUCCGUCGAAGAAUCCCCGAACUUUAUUUAAGAGAUGGUGCAGGCGUAUGUCCGCGGAUGUGCUUAGGAUUCAUAUCGAUUUAAUCAGAGAUAUCGACGAAGAGGGCGCGGGCGACUUAAACGAAAGGAUGCACGUGCUCCGUACGUGUCGGUAUACGGUCCUUUGGAGUUUCGUAGAUCGAUUUCUGGUCGAAUGCUCCACUUCGAUGGAAAAAAUUAAUCUUCCUCGGGAUUGGAUUUCCGAUUGGGUUUACGACGAGGAGGCGGAACAACUUUUGGACGAGGAAGAGGUUACGUUCGAGGAAUUCGCUUUCGUUCCGAGACCGAAUCAAAAUUUGCAUCUGAUCGAUCUCAACGAUCAACAGCUGGGAUUCGUUUACGAGGUUUUACAGUCUGUAUGCAAUCGUAACGGUAUCGUUUUCGUUUUGACCGGCGAAGGGGGCACCGGCAAAACCGCGACCGUCAACGUUAUUUUGGAAGUAACGGAACUUCGCGCGUUACCGUACGUAUCCGCGGCUUUUACGGGGAUCGCGGCCACGUUAAUCCGGAACGCGGCUACGAUUCAUUCUUCUUUCGGCAUUCCUAGAGAAAGAGGCGUAGACGAUACGCCGGUUUCUAAUUUGGUGGGCGAGUCGGAGGCGGCCGACGAUAUUCGAAACGCGAGACUCGUCGUGUUAGACGAGGUGUUUAUGUUGGCGUCGUGGAUGUUGGAAAUGAUCGAUGCCGUGUGUCGGGAAUACGGUCAAUCGCGACGGCCGUUCGGUGGGAAAACCGUUAUUCUUAGCGGCGAUCCCAAGCAGUUGCUUCCCGUUGUCAAGGGUAGGCGAGCGGGAAUGGCGUCCAUCAUUUCGCGUCCGGCAUGGAGUACUUUUCAACUGUGCACGUUAACGGAAAACAUGCGUGUUUAUCCGCAAGAGGUGGAAUGGUCGAAUUUCAUCAGGAGAGUAGGCUACGGGGAAAGAAUCGUUUCGGACAACGGACGCGAACCGAUUUCCGAUAACUGUCUGUUCGUUCCUUCCAAAUUAAUUGUCAAAUCGCGCGAACAACUCGUCGACUUUGUUUACGGGGACGUCUUCGAAUCGAUGCUCGCUCUUCCCGGGACGAACGAGCGAUUCUUGGAAUUAGCCGAGCGAUUGGCCCUCCGGUCGAUCCUUUGUCCCGUGAACAGCGAGGUCGAGGAGUUGAACGAAAUCAUCUCAAAAAUCUUCCCCGAUCCGUCAGGAUCGGAGAGGGUCUUUUUGGCGACCAAUUCCUACGAUAGACAGAGUAACGAGGAUGGGGCCGACGAUCACGAAAUCGCCAAUCCCCUCGCGACGGGAGUCACCAGUGAAAUUAUCGAAAGUUUAGAUUUGUCGGGACUACCGCCACAUCGGUUGACUUUGAAGAUCGGUUCGGUGGUAGUCCUUUUGGUAAAUCUUAACGUGCGGAGGGGUUUUUGUAACGGACAGAGAAUGAUCGUUUUGGAGAUGGGCGAUGACGUGAUAGUCGGCCGCAUCGUUUCCGGUCAAUUUCAGGGCCGUAAAUGUGUCAUUAUCAGAAAACAAUUCGUUUUAAAGGAAAAAGAAACGCCAUUGCUACCGGGCGGCGGCACAUUCUAUAGAAAACAAUUUCCGAUUAAGUUGGCGCACGCAAUUACUAUCAACAAAGCGCAAGGACAGACUCUUUCGCGAGUCGGUUUGUGUCUCAACGUCCCUUGUUUUGCUCACGGUCAAUUUUGCUUUGUGCAAAAUCCCUUAAAAACUAUUACCAUUCCUCGUCUCGAAUUAUGUGGAGCUUUACUGUUAGCAGAACUCGUUGACAAAGCAAAACGGGCUCUGAACAUAAAUUUUGACGAAUGCUACUACUGGUGUGAUUCAACAAUCACUCUUGCUUGGAUUAAAGGCUCGCCACAUCAGUGGAAAAUAUUCGUCUCAAACAGAGUCACCCAAAUUCAAAACUUGACUGAAACUAAUUCAUGGCAGUACGUCAAUACUCAAGAAAAUCCAGCUGAUCUUCUAUCUAGAGGAUUAAGUCCAAUCGAUUUUCUCAAAAAUAAAUUAUGGUUCAAUGGAACCAAACUGGCCAUCUAA